GGCGGGAAAAAAGUCAUGGCGGACGGCGAAGGCUCGGGCACUCAGCUGACCUCUCCAGAAAUUCAAGAUGAAAACAGCCUCACGCUGCAAGAUAUUCUCGAUCAAGAGCAGGAGUUGCAGGACGACGCCAAUGCCGUCCUAGGAGGCAGUGACGACAAAAACUGCACCUACGAACAGGGCUAUGUGCGGCGGCAGGCACUGUACGCCUGCAGCACCUGCGUUUCCCCAGAUUCCCGUCCCGCCGGCAUAUGCUUGGCCUGCAGUUACGCCUGCCAUGAGGGGCACCAGCUCUACGAGCUCUACACCAAAAGGAACUUUAGGUGCGACUGUGGGAACAGCCGGUUUCCGUCGACCAAUCCCUGCCGUCUGUGUCCGGCAAAGGAUGCGACCAACGCAGGCAACGACUACAACCAGAACUUCCAUGGCCGCUACUGCACGUGCGGACGACCAUACCCAGACCCCGAAGAUGACGUUGACGACGAGAUGUUGCAGUGCGUCAUGUGCGAGGAUUGGUAUCACGGGCGGCACCUGGGCGGAGAAGUUCCUGGCAACCGCGACUACAGUGAGGUCAUCUGCCUUGGCUGCAUGAGUCGGCACCCUUUCCUGUGUCACUACCUUGCUCAUGCUGUCGCAUUGUGCAAAGCAGAAAAUGAUGAGAGCUUCAGUGUCGACGAUGGUGCCUGCAACGGAAGUUCAGCAAAUGGUCUCUCAGGCAUGACACCUGUUGAUCUGAAGCCAAGUGUCGGCACCAAAGGGAUCGGCAAUCAAGAAGGGAGUGUAAUGCCCUGCUCCAAAGGCUUUCUUGGUGCAGCGGCAACCAAUGGUACUUGCGGCGGCUUCAAUACCGGGGCCUCUGGAAAUGUUCCUCUAACAUCGGGAAUGCCAAAGGUUGAAACGCAUCAGUCGUCGUCGGGGUGCGUCCUCCGGCGUCUCAGCGGAGCCGGUGCAAGAGAGGGGCCUACAGGGCAGCGUUGUGCCUUCUGGCCCCCAGGGUGGCGCUCUCAGCUGUGCCGGUGCCACGACUGUAUGGCCAUGUACGAGGCGCAGCACUGCCAGUUCCUCCUGGACGAAGACGACACUGUGCAGUCGUACGAGGAGCGGGGCAAGGCGGCGCAGCCCGGGCCGGAGACUGGCGACCCGCUCAUGUCGGCGCUGGGCACCCUGGGGAGGGUGCAGCAGAUCGAGGCAAUCCACGGCUACAACAAUCUUAAGACGGAGCUCACCGACUUUCUGAAGAAAUUUGCCACCUCCAAGACGGUGGUACGCGAGGAAGACGUGCGAGAGUUCUUCGACCAGAUGCAGGCAAGGAAGCGGCAGAAAGUGUCAGCAGUCCCCUAUUUCUGUCGGUAGCAUGUCUUUUGUGUGGAGCGAUCCCCACCGCGCGUAGAUGGUCGCCUCGGCCGUGGCCUCCCCUCUUUGAUCCCGCCGCCACUGAAGAAGCCUUUCUUAGUUAGUUUUCUCCGAGUUUGUUUUGUGACCCGGCCAUUUCGAAGUGUCAGUUUCUACUGUACUUGUACCCGUUGGUAGUUUUUCUCGGUUCAUUUUGGGUCGACGGUUCGCUGCCCGUUGACCUGUGUGAUGUUCUCGUGACUCUCAAACUGUUUCCGGUUUGAGUCUUGGGGCUGGUUCUCACGUGUACGUCUGAGUGUUAUCGACCACGUUGCAACCGUUUCCGACCGCUUACGAUGAGAUAAUGCACCGGCGCAGUCUGUCGGAUGGCCCCAGAACCCUUCCUAUCUGCGUAUAUUUCCCAAUCUUUUACGCUUCAUUUUUUCGCCGCGAGUUAGAAAUAAGUCAAACAAUGGUACAAGUCAUUGUUUCUCAUAGAUAUGGUAGAAUUCAUUUCGCAAAUACUGCAAUGCCUUGAGUUGAGUUAUACGCAUUUUGGAAAUGUUCCAGGGCUAUAUGAAAGUCGGCACGAGUGUGUUCUCUUGCCAGAAGCAGUCGCAAGCGUUGCGACGCAGGGAGACGCAAGUGUGCGAGUCAGCCUUAUUAGAUAGAGUAGUGACAGUUGUGUAUUGUCAUUGCGCAAUUAACAUACGGGAGAGUAGUAGAACUUAUCUAUUGACACAGCUAUCGUUUCGAAAUUCGAGAGGCAAGCAUCGACGACAACUUCGGAUUCUGCGGCUUGCGGCGAAGUCUGCGCUAUGUAUUUGUGCACCGGUUGCUAGUUUCGUAGCUCAUUAACUUUGUGGGUUUCGUUCACUCGCAGUUUUAACCGAGGGAAUGGUUCAAAAUGACGCACAUAUUUAUAGGGUUUCCCUGUGUGGGUGCAUCGAAAGUUUUCCCAGUUUUAGUUGGACAAGUGUUACUGCCCUCGUGCAAUUCAAACUGUAAAUUUUUACUCGAGACAUGUCUCGCCAACGUGCAAGUUGUUUUUUUCAAAGCCAUGGCCAGUCGUGCAAGCGGCGAUAUCUGAUGACGUGUUUGCAUAGACAACGCCUCAAGCAUCAUGUUUUGGGGGCUACUAGUUGUUUUCAAACAGUAUGGCAAGCAUUUCUUUAUUUAUCUUAACUCCGUACAUAAUAUAAAAAUGUACCGCCGUUUUUUUUAUGUGCAGACUGAACCUGAUGCCUCAGCAUGUUUUUGUGGCCGUUUCGCACAUGGUCAUGUUUUUAUGUUCGUUUUCAGGGCAUGUUCUCUGGCUCACCACCCUGAUAUAGUGUACAGUUGAGCUUGUGCUUUUCUUUUCUUGCUCUGGGCUUUUUCUUUUUGUUGGAAAACAACGAUCCGAUUCUUCUUUAAAAACGGCAACGAGUGUGUCGCUUCAGCAAGUUGGAUCAGAGGUAAACUGACUUGUAUGUCGCGCUUGUACCUUGACAAUGCAAAACAAAAUUUGGCCCGAAAUAUAUUUGGUUAUGCAAUUGUGAAA